UUAAGUUAAUAAAUUGUUAUUAUUGAGUUUAUGUUUAUAAAAGUGCCGCAGCAUUUCGAGAUUAACAACAGUCGCGUUCAACAUCUCGCUGCUAAAGCGUUGUUAAAUUUAUUAAGAAAACUCACUGAUUAUUUUAGUUUAUAUUGUUUUUUUUUUUAUUUUUUUUUUCAUUGGUCGCAAGUUAAGCGGCAAUAGCAAUGCAUAAAAGCGCCCUCUUACGCACAUCGGCUGUGCUAAAAGGACUUUUACUGGUGUUCGCCUGUUUGAGUAGCGUUCGGAGUUUAGAGUAUUACACAGAAAAACCGGAUUUCAUGCAAACAUGCCGCAUAAACGAGCCGGAAUUCGUCAAAUGCUCAACAUCCAGUAUUCAAAAGUUAAUGGAUCAACUGGGAAAAGGUAUACCUGAGAUCAUGGAAGUGAUUGGUACAUUUGAUCCGUUAAAACUUAAACCGAUACAAUUCGCACAAGAUAAUCAAGGAGCAGUAACGUUACACGCCAAUUUAACGGAAAUGGUGGCAACUGGACUGUCGAAACUAGUUAUUAAGGAGAGCAAAGUGAGCAAAAAGGACUACAGCUGGGAAACGAAAAUUUACAUACCAAAGCUACGUUUGGAGGGUCAAUAUAAAAUGGCUGGCAGAAUACUGUUAAUACCGUUGAACGGUGCUGGACAUAUGUUUAUCGAAAUAGAAAAACUCAACAUCCUCAUGCGCACAAAAACUCGUCUCUAUGAGAAAGGCGGUUACACCUUCUACAAUGUUACAAAGAUACGCAUGGAUCUAGCGCCGGGUGGUCUGAAAACGAAUUUCGAAAAUAUUUUCAAUGGCAACAGCAAAGAAGUGGAGCGUAGCACUAAUUUGUUUUUCAAUGAAAAUUGGCGUGAUUUCUUCGAAGCCCUACGACCGCUAGUAACAGAAACUGUGGAGACUACCCUAUUGGAUAUAUUACAAAAGGUGUUCCAUUUGAUACCGGCAAAUUUCUUUGUUGAAGAUAUACCAACAUCGGAACAAUUGUACGCGAAAAAGAAAGAGAAGAAAGAAUGAGUUGAUAUGUUUUAGUAAAAAAUAUAAAUUAGAGAAAAAAAUUGUUUUUA